AUGUCUGCUACAAGGCCAGAACUGAAAUUUUCUGACGUGUCAGAGGAGAGAGGUUUUUAUAGAAGGUUCAACUCCUUACCUGAAAAACCAUCCACCAAAAUCCGCAUAGUUGACAAAGGAGAGUAUUACACGGUUGUAGGUUCAGAUGCAGUAUUUGUUGCCGAAAACAUAUAUCAUACACAGUCUGUGUUGAAGAACUGUAAUGUUGAUCAGAUAACUUUGAAGGGGUUCAAGAAUGAACCACCACAAUACGUUACAAUUUCACAGCAGGUUCUAAGCAAUUUACUCAAGGUGUGUCUAUUAGACUCAGGUUACAAGGUCGAAAUAUACGAUAAAAACUGGAAAUUACUAAAAAGUGCGUCACCAGGUAAUAUAGAACAAGUUUCUGAACUAAUGAAUUUGAACAUUGAACAAUCGAUCGUUAUUGCAUCAUUGAAGCUACAACAGAAUUCUAAAGAUGGAAAUAAUGUUAUUGGUGUUGCUUUCAUUGAUACUUCAAAUUUUAAAAUUGGUAUGUUAGACAUCGUAGAUAAUGAAGUUUAUUCUAAUGUGGAAAGUUUUUUAAUUCAGUUAGGUGUCAAAGAAUGUUUAAUUCAAGAUCAAAGGUCGAAUGAAAAUUCUGCUGUCGAAUUCAAAAAGUUGGUAAGUGUAAUUGAAAGGUGUGACUGUGUGGCUAGUCUGUUGAAGAAUUCAGAAUUCUCUGAAAAAGACGUAGAACUGGAUCUGGUAAAAUUAUUAGGAGACGAGUUAGCUUUAUCUUUACCUCAAAAAUACUCUAAUAUAUCGAUGGGCGCCUGUAACGCUCUGUUAAAAUACCUUCAACUAGUAACCGAAGAGGAGCAAAUUGGAAAAUAUGAACUUGUUGAACAUUCUUUGAAAGAAUUUAUGAAAUUGGAUGCAUCCGCCAUAAAAGCUCUUAACCUUUUCCCUCAGGGACCUCUUCAAGCAUUAGGCCCUUCCUCUAUUAUAAGCAUGUCUCCAUCAUCAGGUGGGAAGAUUGAAUCCCUUUUCCAGCUUUUAAACAACUGUAAAACAAACGCAGGAAUAAGACUUUUAAACGAAUGGUUGAAACAACCUUUAACAGACUUAAACCUAAUAAAUCAGAGACAUGACUUGGUUGAAUUUUUGAUCGAUCAGUUAGAACUAAGAAAUAUGUUACAAAGUGACUUUCUACCGCUAAUACCUGAUGUUCGUCGUAUCACAAAGAAGCUAAGUAAAAAGGGAGGUUUAGAGGACGUCUUGAAGGUAUAUCAGUUUUCGAAAAGAGUACCAGAGAUCGCCCAAUUACUAGAAUCAUUUGUACAAGAUACCGAUAUAAGUGAAGAAAUGAAUUCUUUGAUAAACGCCACUUGGCUUACCCCUUUAAAAUCUCAUUUAGAUCCAUUAUCGAAGCUCCAGGAAAUGGUGGAAACUACAGUGGAUUUAGAAGCUUAUGAUGAAAGUAAUGUCUAUAUGAUAAAGGUGGAAUUUAAUGAGGAGCUAGCCUCAAUCAGAAAUAAAUUAGAUAGUCUACGAGAUGAAAUCAAAACAAUUCACCUAGACGCUGCAGAGGAUUUGGGAUUUGAUCCGGAAAGAAAACUAAAAUUGGAAAAUCAUCAUCUCCAUGGUUGGUGUAUGAGGUUAACCCGUAAUGAUGCAAAAGAGCUACGAAAACAUAAGAACUACAUAGAACUUUCCACUGUUAAAGCAGGUAUAUUUUUCAGUACUAGAGAGCUAAAAGAAAUAGCUAACGAGACUGCAAUUUUACAAAAAGAGUAUGACAAACAACAGUCUACAUUGGUAAAAGAAAUCGUAAAUAUCACUUUAACCUAUACCCCUGUACUUGAGAAGCUUUCGUUAGUUUUAGCCAACUUAGAUGUUCUAUCUUCAUUUGCUCACACCUCCUCAUAUGCUCCAAUCCCUUACGUGAGACCUAAAAUGUACGGCUUUGGCUCUACCAGAAAGACUAAAUUAUUGGGGUCCCGUCAUCCCGUUUUAGAAAUGCAAGAUGAGCUAACUUUCAUAGCUAAUGAUGUUGUUUUAGAAAAUGGUACGGGGGAAUUUUUGAUUAUCACAGGACCAAAUAUGGGUGGUAAAUCGACCUACAUAAGGCAAGUUGGUGUGAUUUCCUUAAUGGCACAAAUUGGUUGCUUUGUUCCAUGUGAUAAGGCUGAAAUUUCAAUUGUUGAUGCUAUCUUAUGUAGGGUGGGAGCUGGCGAUUCUCAAUUGAAAGGUGUUUCUACAUUUAUGGUAGAAAUGCUUGAGACCGCAUCAAUUCUGAAAAACUCAACUAAGAACUCCUUAAUUAUCAUAGAUGAACUUGGGAGAGGCACUGGCACAUAUGACGGAUUUGGCCUUGCUUGGGCUAUAGCAGAACAUAUUGCAGCAAACAUUGGAUGUUUUGCAUUAUUUGCGACUCAUUUCCAUGAAUUGACUACACUAGCCGAUAAAUUAGCAAAUGUCAAAAAUAUGCACGUUGUAGCUCACAUCGAACAAAGUGAAAGUAGUCAUCAUGACAGUGAUGAUAUCACUUUGCUCUACAAGGUUGAACCCGGUAUCUCUGAUCAAUCAUUCGGUAUUCAUGUCGCAGAGGUUGUUCAAUUUCCUGAUAAGAUUAUUAGGAUGGCAAAACGAAAAGCUGAUGAACUAGAGGAUUUGAAAAAAAGUAAUGGAGAACUGAAGAAAGCCAAGAUUACCAUGAGUGAGUUGAACGACGGUAACUUGAAGCUAAAGAAAUUGCUAAAAGAUUGGGUAGCCAAUGUAAAGAAAGAAGAUUUGAAUGAUCCAGAAAGGUUUUCUGAUACGCAGUGCCAAGAAAAAAUUCAAGAACUAUUGAAAACAUUAACUUCAGAAGCUGUUUCCACCAAUGAUAGAUACCUUGAAUACUUACGUACACUUUUAUGA